UAAUGAACUUUGCGAUCAGGUAUUCAUUAGCACUGGUUGUGUAUAGAUCAAUUUCUAAAAGUUGCAUUUUUGAAAAUAUAAAACGACUGUUGUUGAGAUUUCUGUAAAAAAUAAAAAUAUGGACAACCAACAAGUCGAAUUAUCGGACAUACAGAGGUUUUAUAAAAAUAGUACGGUAUUUUUGACAGGUUCCACCGGUUUUAUUGGAAAAUUGUUUUUGGAGAAGAUACUUCGUGGUUUGCCUGUUAAACAUGUUUAUAUUUUAAUUCGGGAAAAGGAUGAGGUAUCUGCUGCUGAGAGAUUUAAGAAACUCUUUGAAUCACCGGUUUUUGACCUUUUGAAGAGGACAUCUUCCGAUAGUUUGAAAAAAGUCACUUUAAUGCGGGGAGACUGUCUGCUACCAAAUUUGGGUUUAUCGUUAGAGGAUAGAACGGCGUUCGUCGAAGACGUAAACGUUGUUUUUCAUUGCGCCGCGCUCGUAAGGACCGAGGAACAUAUUAAAAAGGCCACUUUAGUAAAUGUUAAAGCCACCAUAGAUUUAAUCGAACUGGCCAAGCAGAUCCCAAAAUUGAAGGUUUUUAUUCACUUGGGAAAUGGAUUUUCAAACUGCAAUCGAAUGGAGAUAAAAGAGGAAGUUUAUCCAGCUAAUAUUUUAGCAGAAAACCUUAUAUCAGCUUGCGAGAGUUUAAGUGAUGACAUUUUAUCUCAAGCCACACCAGCAUUAAUUGCUGGUUUUCCAAAUACAUCCAUCUUUACUCAACAAGUUGCAGAAGAAUAUAUUAAUAGAAAAGCUAACCGUAUACCAAUAUGUAUAGCAAGACCAACUAUUGCUGUUUCUACAGAAGCUGAACCCGUGGCUGCUUUCGUCGAUACUUUUUAUAAUUUGCCAGGAAUUGUGUUGGCAAAUGUACUAGGCAUGAUUAGAAUAUCUUAUUAUAAGAACACAAACUUAGAUAUUGUUCCCGCUGAUUUUAUUGUUAACGAAUGCAUAGCAGCUGGAUGGCAGACGGCAGAUUCUUUCAAACCAAGCAGGCUCGAAGUGCCAGUUUACAAUAUUAGUAGUACCCAGGAUAACCCAAUUAGUCAAGAUGACAUUUACAACCUAUGCGAUAACUAUUCUAAAGAGUCGCCAUCGUCUAAGUUACACGCUUAUCCACUUCACUUUAGAACUACCUGUAAACCUAACUAUUUGUUAGUGAGGUAUAUUUUCCAUACUCUUUUGGCACAGAUUGUCGAUUUUGCAUUGAAAACCACUGGAAAGCGAUGCUGUUGUGCAAGAGGUGUUGAGAGAUUCCACAAACUACAAGAAGAUCACGAAUACCUCAGUACCGUACAAUACUUUCAUCACGUCGAUAAUACUCAUAAGCUACUAAAGAAAAUGUCUUUCCAAGAUAGGGAACUGUUCAAUUUUGACAUAACAACAAUUAAAUGGGACAACUACUUCAGUCAGUACUACAAAGGUUUAAGGUUCUAUCUUCUCAACGAUACUAUGGAGACUCUCGCAGUAGCCAGACAAAGAUACUCUAGUUUAAAAAUGAUUUUUAUUUUUAUAGCAUUAGUGGGUGUAGUUGUCUCAUAUGUUUUAGGGAAAUAUAUUAUAUUUAGAGUGCUUCCUUGUAUUUUACAACUUGUUUUAAAUGUUAUAAGAAAUACAGUAUGUUAAUUGGCAAAACAUUUAGCUACAGUUUAUUCAAAGCCAUGAUGCACCAAACGCAAACAAAUACAUAAGGCAUACAGGUGAACAGUAAAACUAUAAAUAUAUUGUAAUAUAUUACUGUACCUAGUAUAUGCCUCCUGCAUUUGUUUGAGUAUGGUCCAUUUUAGCGUUUAAUAAACCGUAGUUCAUAUUUCAUGUCGGUUGUUAGAUAUUAUUAUCUUAUUCGGAGUAACUUUUGAAACAGCACAAUAUUAUUUUCAAUAGAACUUUUACUACAUAUACGAGUAGGUUACAGAAUUAUAUUUAUAACUAUGUACAUAUUAAUUCAAAUAAAACUGUGUAAUAAAAGGUCAACUCAU